ACACUACCACCCCGUGACUCUCGAAGCGUGACUCCACACUCUGUCCUUCUUCUCCGUCUCCAUCUUCUCCUUCCCCCUCUCUCUCUCUCUCUCUCUCGAGCUUGCCUACUACUACCCUCGUCUCCUUUCUCCUUCUCCUCCUUUCUUUCUCCCCCUCUCCCUCUCUCUCUCCCUCGUCGCUGGAUCCCUCCACCCAUCUCGCUCGCACUCCGCCUCGUCUCCACCGCUUUCACUACGUCGCUCCGCGCGCUCCGUGACGCUGCGUGCGCGAAUGUUCGAGUAAGGCCGUACGUUGGUGUGACCUGUGGUUUCUCUGCCGUUUUCCUACCCCUUAGUGCGAGCACAGUGGCCGUCCGCAGUCCAUCAUAUACGAUACUCCGGGCAUACACCCCGCAUUUUCACGAGCGUUCGCGCGACCCCCAAACAACAAUCGCGAGUGGUGUCCGCCGGAUACUAUCCCUCGUGGUGAAUCGACGUGGUGGUGGUUCGUUUCGAAACUUGGAAAAAUCGUAUCGCCCCCGCCGUGCUCGCGCGUGUAAACGCUGCAGUGUAUACGUAUAUAAAUAAAUGGUUCGGUCACGUAGCAACACGUAGUAACAUCCUCCAUCGAUCCCAUCGGUCCUCGUGAACGGAACGAACCUCGAGAAGGAAGAGAAGAAGGGAAGAGUGUGAUUAACGAUCAGUGGUAGAGAAAGUGACUCGAGGAAGUGACUUCGUGUUACUCUUCGCGGUUUUACACGCACGGGAACGUCUCGCGAAUGGACUAGCGGGCGAGGAGGGGAAGAGGAGAUCGGUCGGUGGAAGAGAGGAGAAACGGCUACGUGUCAGGGUGGUGGGCGGCGGUGGUAGGAGCAGGAGGAGGAGGAGUGUACACACACACGCACGCACGCACACUUGCGCGCUGGCAGAGAGACACUUGCGUGACACACACGCUCACGCACGCAUACGCGCGCGUAGAAAUAAAGACGGAAAAGGUGGUGGUGGAUGAGAGAGGCGGUUGAAGGACGAGAGGGAGGCUCCGAAAGAGGGUGGCUCUCGAAAGGGUGAGCCCUCCAAGUGUCUCGUCUCCUCGUCAUCCUGUCGUCCAGGGUAUCGCUUACGAAUGUCGCGCGACCGACCGAUCCGCCACGACGUCCGCCUGCCGUCGGAGGCGACGCGACGUGCCCGCUAGCCGACGCGAUCGCGUUCACCGCAUCGCGGCCACCACUCGCGCCGCGCCAAAAACAUCCACGCCUGAUAUGCGACGCGAGCCGCGCUUCGAGCCGCUCCGCGUGUCGGAUAGACUGUGUCGCCCACCAGCCGUCGCACCGUCGUCGUCGUCGUCCAUGGUCGUGCCGCCCUUCUGACGGGACGGGCCGCCAGUGCAACGGGACCACGCCGCUUUCGUGCUCGGCCGCGGGACGAGAGGUGACCGCUCUUGCAUCAUCGUGGACACGCAACUCGACGCAGCCUCGUCCGCCCGCGAUACGUUCGACUCGCCAAUCAUGUCCGGCGAAACGGAGAUCGAGGUGUCGGUCGUGUCCGAGGAGGAUCUCGAGUUGGAGGGGUCGAGGAGCAGCUCGACGCCGGCCGAGCUUCUCCUCAGGGAGGAGAAAAACGGGAAAUCCGGUUGCGGUUUGAACAACCACCACUCGUUCAGCUUCGACGUGGGCAAACCCGCCUUGAGGCCUGCCUGCAACCCCCAGUACACGUCCUUCAGCAUAUCCAGCAUCCUUGGGAGGCCGGAAUCGCCACCCAUCGAUUCGACGUCCACCGUCUCGGCCGAGAGGCAAUCGUCGGACGUGGACAGGGGCUCGCCGUUGCCCCACAACGCGCAAAACGCGCAGAGGAUCGGCUCGUCCUGCGACGACAGCCCGGCGAGGGGUGGCCUCUCGUCUCCGACGUCCUUGAGAUUCUCGGGCGGCCAGAGGGGCGCCUCGAGCCUCGGCCACGCGGUCGAGAACAGGAGCAACAGCAUGGGGAUCGGAUGCGCUACCAGCACCACGAGCCCCGCGUCCACUUUCUCGCCGCCCACCGACGCCGCGGCGAACCCUUUGCUCGGUCAUCAAGCGUCGGCCGACUUGGCGAUGUUGUCGAGAUUGGGCCUGAUGUCGUCGCUGAUCGCGGGCCGAUAUCCGGUGGGGAUCGGUGUCGGCGGCGUCUUCUUCCCGUCGACGUUGCAGCACCUCCACCAGCAGCAGCAGCACCAGCACCACUCGAGGCUCGCUGCCGCCUCGUCGGCGUUGAGCAACGCCGUCCAGGUAACCGGCCAAUCGGACAUCGUGGACGCCGACGGCAUCCGCGGCGUCCUGCCCGGUGGCGCCGGUUGGCCGUUUCCAUGGAGGCCGACGCACGGCCUGCAGACGCUGGAGCAUCCGUCGCCGAGCGACGUGGUCGGCACCCUGAGCCGCGUCAGCCCCGCGUCCGCGUCCUUCCCGCAAAGGGACGACCUGGACGACGAGAACGGGGAGGAGCGUCUGCACCGGACACGGAGCCCGUCCACGGGCGACGAGGGACACGACGACCUCGGCGAGCAGGACGACUGCCCGGAGGCGGACGGCGAGGGUGAAUCGACGAACUCGGCGGGCCUGCACGGCGGGAGCGGCGGCGGCUCAGGGGCGGGGGGCGGCGGCGGCGGAGGCGGCGGGGGCGGGGGCGGGGGCCAGAACAGCGUGCAGGUCGGGGUGGACGGACGGGACUCGAGCAGCAUGAAGCGGAAGAAGAAGACGAGGACGGUGUUCUCCCGGUCGCAGGUGUUCCAACUGGAGAGCACGUUCGACAUGAAGCGUUACCUGUCCUCCUCGGAGCGGGCGGGCCUCGCCGCCUCGUUGCGGCUGACCGAGACCCAGGUGAAGAUCUGGUUCCAGAAUCGUCGUAACAAGUGGAAGAGGCAGCUUGCCGCCGAACUGGAGGCGGCCAACAUGGCCCACGCCGCCCAGAGACUGGUCAGGGUGCCGAUACUUUACCACGAGGCGUCGGCCGGGAGCGGAACGUCCGCGAGCGUCUCGGUCUCGGUGACCGCGCCGCCGGCCGCCGCUGCGCCAGCGUCGGUCGCCACGUCGGCGCUCUCCCACUCGGUCGGCGUAGGAGUCGGCGUCGGUGUCGGCGUCGGCACCUCCUGCCCCCCCACCACCGCGCAGCCCAUCUUCUACUCCCAUCACCACCAGCACCACCAUCACCACCCGGCUCACGUGCAGGCGCACACUCUCCUCCCCCACCAGGUGCACCCGCAGCCCCCGCCGCCACCCCCGCCCCCGCCUAACGGCCAACCACCCCAAUCCUCCUCGCAAUAACACCGUCCGGCACACGAGACCGUCGGCCCAACCAUGCAACCAACCAACGCCGACACCGCGAUCUCCCUCUCGCGACUCGCCUCGAUCGCCUUGUCCGGAUAGGGGGAAGGAACAAGGACACCCUCGCUCGAUCAUCCUCCACCGAGUCCUCGAUCGUGCCUGCUCCGAUCGUUCGUCCUUACCGAAUUACCUCUUCCCUUUCCUUCCUUUUCUUCUCUCUCCUUCUCUUUGUGAAAAGAAAACGUUCCAACACGCGUGUUUCGAAACGUUCGAUAUAUCGUGCUUUGGUUUUUUUUAGAGAGACUGUAAAGAGGAAUUGUGCAGAAUUUUAGAAUUUCGAGCGAUUUCAUCCAUUUCUCUUCUGCAUUAGUUGCUCGAGAAAUCACAAUCAUCAUAAAGAAAGGAGGGGGAAAAAGCUCCCCGAUCUUGUAAAUUUUUCCUCAAAAAAAAAUAUAUAUAUAUACAUACAUAUUUUCGAAGAAGAGAAGAAAGGAGGGAAGAAUAUUGGCGAAAUUUAAUAAUGGUUUCAAUCAAAAUCGUAAUCUGGCACGUACCAACCCGAAAAGCUUUCCAACCGAGCUUCCCCAAUCGCGAACGGGACUGGCUCGCAAAGUUUCGGCACGAUCGAUGGCCCCUCCUCCCCUCUCCUCCCUCUCCCUGCCCCCCCUUCGAGUCUCCGAGUUUCCGAGCACGAAACGAUCUCGUUUUAUCCACGCUCGUCGCGCCACGUCUUUCAAUCGCACCACGUUCCAAAACCACGUAAUACAACAACAAGCCCUCCUCCUCCUCCUCCUCCUCCUCCUCCUCCACUCCAUUCGAAAGUAUGGAUGCAUCGAAACGCGAUGAAGGUGGAGGAUUCUCGUUGGCCGAGGGUCGGACAAAUAUAUAUAUAUAUAUAAAAUCGCCGUGGUCGAACGGCUGGCGACUUCCGGCAAGUCGAACAAUUGUAAUAUAAUUGUAUUGUAUCUAGUCUGUCAACAUGUCGAUAAGAAAACUGCUCGUGGAACGAUUAUUAAGAAUUAUUUUGUCGAUGAGCGCGGGACAAAAUACACGUACACUUGUACACGUACACAUGCGUACACACACGUUUCUAUACUAUUCUGUCUCUACCUCUCUGUCGUUCUUUCGUUCUCGUUCUCAUCCCACGUCUCACGUUGUAAAGUUAGUAAAAUUGUUGUAUAAUCGCGCGAAUAAUCGUUUCUACAAUUAUUGUAUUAUUAUUUCUUUCUUCCUAUCUUUUUUCUUUCUUCUUUUCUUUUUCCUCCCCCCCCCUCUUCCGUUUCAAACAAAUUUCAAACAAAUCUCCUUUCCAACUUUCGGGAACGUUGCAAAAGCGAAACGAAGAAUAAUUCACCGAAGAAGAGAGUGUGUAAAUGUAAUCGUUAAGAGAUUGUAACUAAUCGUUAGGUAACACGCAAAGUAAGAAAACAGGCAGGGUUCCUACGACAUUAUUCUACCUGUUGUGAUAAGUAUUUAAACGAUUGAUUUUAUUAAACGAACGGUAGAGUUACGAAA